GUAGGAACAGCGAACCACGGUCACCCGGCAAGACAGCGAGACGUGAUACUCCCUGUCAAGAUGUUGUUCAGUACGCUUGUCUGCCUGGGCAUUCUUGCUGUGAUACCAAGUACACGAUGUUCCACGUGUUUUGAACCGUACCGGUGUUCAUACCGGCAAAGCUAUGCUCAUGGGUACUAUGUUUCCUGUGGAUUAUUUUCCUCGUGUCAUCGUUACAGGACCUCAUAUCGCACGAGGUAUAGGACGUGCCAACGCUGCUGCCCUGGAUACGAAGGUACCGACUGUACAGAUGUGGAUGAGUGCUUGGCAAACGGAGGACGAGGACAAUGUGACCAGAUCUGUACCAAUGAGCCCGGCAGUUACCGCUGUUCUUGCAGGGUCGGAUACCAGCUCGAUGUGGACGGCGUCUCGUGUAUUGAUGUGAACGAAUGCAGUACAGGCCUUCAUGACUGUGACCAGAGGUGUUUCAACACUUACGGCGGGUUUUCAUGUGGAUGUAAUGACGGGUUUUACCUCAAUGACGAUGGAAGGACUUGUUCAGAUGAUGACGACUGCUUCCCUGGAGCUUGUGAUAACGGAGGAACGUGUGUUGACGGGAAUCAUACCUUCUCCUGUGUGUGCGUACCUGGUUUCAAGGGAGAAAGAUGCCAAACAGCGCCCUGCAGCGAAGAUUACGACCCUCCCCUGAACGGUGGCAAAGCCUGUUCAGUGACGGACGACACGACAGGAGCCAUGUUCUGUACUGUCUACUGUCGGAACGACAGAGACUUCGCCAUACAACCUGCCCAGGCGUACACGUGUCGGGCCGACGGAGUCUGGUUUGCUGAUGGUCUCCCGAUGGAGAGCCAGGAUAAACCUUGGCCAGAUUGCACAAGAAGUCAUCGUCCAGGACGACCUCACAUGCUGGCAGAGGUUCACUACAUCUCAGGCGCCGACUGUCCCAGCAGCAUGGUUGAAAUCCUCUCCGAAUUCCAACGACUCUUUGAUAGUAGUAUGCAGUCGUCCCAACCAGGUGUAACAAUCACAGUAGGGAACGUUGAAGUGGAGUGUGGAGGAAACAUAAGGCAAACUACUACAACAAAAUGGAGAAACGUUAUCUCAAAACCCAAACGAUCUGCAAACGGUUUCACGGUAAGGUUCAAGGUGGUUGCCAGCAGCUCAUUGGCACCUGAAAAUAUCACCCAGAAUGAGCAAAAUACCCUCGUAUAUGCCCUGGACGAUAUCUACUUUGAUAUCGAAGACAAGGUUGCAAACCAGGAGUUCGACUUGACAAUCAACGGACAACAAGCAUCUGUCGACACAGUGAACAUCGGGUUUGCGGAGUUCAACCUCAACUGCACCCAGGGGCAACUGAGUUUUCAAGACACUUUUGAGGCGUAUUGUCUUGACUGUCCAUCCGGCACGUUCCAUGACCUGACUACGGACACCUGUGAGUACUGCCCUGUUGGUGAGUACCAGGACCAGCCGGUACAGACGGACUGUAAACAAUGUCCUCACGGCACCUGGUCCGUGUUCACUGGUGCAAAGGAGGAGGCCCAGUGCAUGUCAGUAUGCCUCGGCAAAGACGACCUGUGCUCCAGCUGUGCUCACGUCAAGGGGCAACUGACCUGCAAGUGUGAAGUUGGCUGGGCCGGAUCCCAAGACGGACUUACCUGUGGACUUGACGGUGAUCAAGAUGGUUAUCCAGAUGUACACCUGCCUUGUAAUGACACCAAGUGCAACAAGGACAACUGCCCGGGUAUCCCUAACAGUGGACAAGAGAACACAGAUGGGGAUGAGAUGGGAGACGCCUGUGAUGACGACAUGGACAACGAUGGGUUCCUUAAUGCCGUGGACAAUUGCCCACUGCUAGUAAACGGUGACCAGACGGACAGUGACGGUGAUGGAGUGGGUGACGUGUGUGACAACUGUCCCACGGACAUCAACACUGACCAACGGGACACUGACGGGGACGGUGUGGGGGAUGUGUGUGACAGUGAUGCCGAUAGUGACGGGAUUCUUGACAACCAGGACAACUGUCCGUUCGUGGCUAAUGCUCUACAGGAAGAUUCUGACGGAGACGGGGUCGGAGAUGUCUGUGACAACUGUCCGGUGGUCGCAAACGUGGAUCAGUUUGACCUGGAUGAAAAUUCCAUCGGCGACGCCUGCACCGACAAUGUCGACAGCGAUGCAGAUGGGAUCCCGAACUCCUCUGACAACUGCCCUGACAUCCCCAACAGUCAACAACUGGAUACGGACAAGGAUGGAGCAGGUGAUCUUUGUGACGAUGAUGACGAUGGAGAUACCAUAUUGGAUGACGUGGACACGUGUCGUCUCGUUCCCAACCUGGACAAUGAAGACUUUGACGGAGAUGGAGUAGGUGACGUCUGUACCGGUGAUUUUGACAUGGACGGCGUGCCUGACGCUGAUGACGUGUGUCCUGAGAGUGGGGUCAUCGCCCGUUCGGACUUCAGGAACUACCAAACCGUCAACCUGGCCGGUCCUGGUAGCCAACAACCCGAUCCGGUUUGGGAGUUCCUUAAUGAGGGAACUGAAGUAGUCCAGAAAGCAAACAGUGGCCCAGGCCUUGUACUGGGUCCUGACAACUUCGGCAACCUGGACUACCGUGGAACCUUCUUUGUGAACACCCAGGUUGAUGACGACUUUGUGGGUUUCGUCUUCAGCUAUCAGAGCAACUCUCGGUUCUACCUGAUGUCCUGGAAACAGGCAGGGGACAGCAGCGGUGGACAGGCGGGGGUACAGCUGAAGUUUGUGGAUUCGACUACCGGACCUGGUGACGACCUGUCCCUGGCUCUUUGGAAGGGUGAGGAGGUUCCGGGACAGACCAAACUGCUGUGGGAGGAUCCCAGCAAAGUGGGCUGGAGCUACAACACCGCCUACCGCUGGGAGCUGAAGCACCGGGUGGACAUCGGGCUUAUCAGGUUCCGGCUGUACUCCGGCAGUCUCCUUGUGGUGGACUCCGGUGACGUUCUGGACGCCUCUCUCCGCGGAGGCCGCCUGGGGGUGUACUGUUACUCCCAGGAGAACGUCAUCUGGUCUGAUCUCGUCACCAAGUGCGAUGGUAGCUCUUCAUCCACCUAAUUGGAGGAUAUUAUCGUAACAGGACUACAGAAACCCGUUUGAAGCCCGUGAUUUCUAUCAGCUUUUGUAAUCUUUGCCUACAGGCAAUACCAAUCUAGGUACUCCAUACCUUAAAGGCUAAUCAUUGUGGUAGAAUACAUGCGUAGCAACG